UUUCUUUCUGAGAAACCUAAGCACACCAGAUUGCCCCGCCAUGGCUUGCUGCGCCCCCUGCUGCUGCAGCGUCCCCACCGGCCCCGCCACCACCAUCUGCUCCUCUGACAAAUGCUGCCGCUGCGGAGUCUGCCUGCCCAGCACCUGCCCACACACCAUCUGGCAGCUGGAGCCCACCUGCUGCGACAACUGCCCCCCACCUUGCCACAUUCCUCAGCCCUGUGUGCCCACCUGCUUCCUGCUCAACUCCUGCCUGCCCACCCCAGGCCUGGAGACCAUCAACCUCACCACCUUCACGCAGCCCUGCUGUGAGCCCUGCCUCCCCAGCUGCUGCUGACCGGUGGCUGCUGCGCUCUGCGCCUGACAAUGACGAACCCAAAACCUGUCUGUGUAGCGCUCACUCGCCUCGGUAAUUCAUCAGGUGUCGAGACAGACCAGAUGGCCCAAAUGUGGGAAACCCACCUUUCGUUUUAAUGGAAAAUAAAAAUAAAUUGUUAUGGCUAUUUGGCUCAAUUAUCAUUUGGUUCAUUUGGGCAAGUGAGUAUUAUCCACUAUCAAAAUA